AUGGCGGCGCCCAUGGAGGUGGCCGUGUGUACAGACGCGUCCGCCCAGCUGUGGAGCUGCGUUGUGUGGGAGCUGCACUCGGGCGCCAACCUGCUUACAUACCGCGGCGGCCAAGCUGGGCCCCGCGGCCUGGCGCUGCUCAAUGGCGAGUACCUGCUGGCGGCGCAGCUGGGCAAGAACUACAUCAGCGCCUGGGAGCUGCAGCGGAAGGACCAGCUCCAGCAGAAGAUCAUGUGCCCCGGGCCUGUCACCUGCCUGGCCACAUCGCCCAAUGGCCUCUACGUGCUGGCAGGCAUUGCAGAGAGCACAUACCUGUGGGAGGUCUCCACAGGGAACCUCCUUGUCAUCCUGAGCCGUCAUUAUCAAGACAUCUCCUGCCUGCGGUUCACGGGGGACAGCAGCUACUUCCUCUCAGGGGGCAAGGACUGCCUGGUGCUGGUGUGGAGCCUAUGCAGUGUGCUUCAGGUGGACCCCUCCAGGACCCCAGUGCCCCAGCAUGUCUGGUCCCGCCAUACCCUCCCCAUCACAGACUUGCACUGCGGCUUUGGGGGGCCCCUGGCCCGGGUGGCCACUGCCUCACUGGACCAGACAGUGAAGCUAUGGGAGAUCUCCUCGGGCGAGUUGCUGCUGUCUGUGCUCUUUGAUGUGAGCGUCAUGGCUGUGACCAUGGACCUGGCUGAGCAUCACAUGUUCUGCGGGGGCAGCGAUGGCUCCAUCUUCCAGGUUGACCUCUGCACCUGGCCUGGGCAGAGAGAGAAAAGCUUCCAGCCGGAACAGGACAGUGGGAAGGUGUUCAAAGGCCACAGAAACCAGGUGACCUGCCUGUCCGUGUCCACUGACGGCAGCGUGCUGCUCUCUGGAUCACAUGAUGAGACUGUGCGCCUCUGGGACAUCCAGAGCAAACAGUGCAUCAGGACGGUGACCUUCAAAGGCCCGGUGACCAAUGCCUCCAUCAUGCUGGCCCCAGUCAGCAUGCUGAGCUCUGACUUCAGGCCCAGCCUGCCCCUGCCGCACUUCAACAAGCACCUGCUUGGCGCUGAGCACGGUGAUGAGCAGCACCGUGGAGCCCUCGCCCUGCGCCUGGGCCUCCACCAGCAGGGCUCAGAGCUUAGCUACUUGGAGCGGUUGGACCAGCUGCAUGCGGUGAUGUGCAGCACGAUGGAGAAGAGCGUGCUGGGCGGCCAAGACCAACUACGGAUUCGCGUGACCGAGCUGGAGGAGGAGGUGCGUAACUUGCGCAAGAUCAACCGAGACCUGUUCGACUUUUCCACCCGCAUCAUUACCAGGCCAGCCAAGCCACGACGGAGGGCUCAGAGGUCAGCCAACUCCUUGCAGACAACACAAGGCCGCGAGGGCUCAGCCCACUGACUUCAUCCCCAUCCUGCCUGAAAUCACCAUGUGGCCUCAGACGAGCCUUGCCUGGCUCUGAGACUCAGUUUUCUUCUCUCUAAAAGGGGAUGUCCCCCAUCCUGGGCCUGCAAGGAGCAUUGGGGAGCAUAUGCCUAACUGACGUGUGACACGAGUAGCACACAGGAAGUGGUGCUCUUAUAAUCUGGUCUAUAAGAAUUGUACAUGCUCCUUGGUACAAUUUAACCCCAAAUCCUGGGUGUCAUUGCCAGAGGGGAGAUGCUGACAGCCACUGAUCCUCACGCUGACUCUUUUGUGCUGGCAGCAUUUCUAUGUAAACCACAGUGAGAUGGCACCUCACACCUGCAAUGAAAACAAAAGUGAGAGGAGGUGGGAAAAGUGGACCCUCACGCAUGGCUGUUUGGGCAGCCAUUGUGACAAGAUAGUCCGGCAGUUCUUCCAAAAAUGAAACAAUCGCCUUGUGACCCAGCAAUCCACUUCUGGGUGGGUGGACACCCAAAAGGACAAAGCAGGGGCUUGAAGAUUACACACUCGUGUUCACAGCAGUGUAUGCACAACAGCCAAAAUGUGGGAGCAACCCAAGUGUCCACCCAUGGGUUGACGGAUAAACAAUGUGGUUCAUCCAGAAGGACUUGAAAAGGAAAGACAUUCUGACACCUGCUCUAACGUGUAUGGACCUUGAGGGCAUACUCAGUGAGAAGCCAGGCACAGAAGGUCAACGUUUGUUGAUAGACCACCUGAAUGCUGGGGGUUGGAUGAGGGUGAGGAAGUAUCCCCUACCCAGGAGAGGCCCCUUUUUUUCAGGGCUCAUGCUGUCAGAGGGACUGUACCCCAGGGUGGGAUGAGGCCCAGGUGGUCCCUGAGGACACUAUAAUGGUACUUCACCCAGCACCUGAGCAGAUGGGGUACUCCUUGGCUUGAUGAUGACCUCAGGCAGGGAGGGGCCCAGAAUCUGUGAUCCUUGGGGACUCUCCCUAUUUGGGGAUGCUUGGCCAGGUGACUGGAUGAGGUGGGCUCUUUGUCACCUGGAAUCCAGCCCUCAUUACAGUCAUCGUGAAUUUCUAUCCUUAAUGCAGGCUGGCACUUGGAAUUUUUAUUCAUCUAAUGGAGUUUUUUUCCUGGCUCCAAAAGGGAAUGUAUGUGGUGUGGGGAAAAAAAAGUAUAGAUUAUGCAUUCAUUAGAACUGGAAUGUUCCAUGUCUGAGCACCUGCCCUGUACCCCAAAGGGGUCUGGAAGAUGUCAUUUUUCUCUGCCCUCCCCCCAUACCCACCCCAGGAAGGACGUGAUGAGAAUUCUGUGCAGGGAGCUGCUGGCCCUGAUUCCGCCAUGUUUAUUGGGCACCGCUGCAUGCCAGGGCCACAGGGACCCCGGGUCGUUUGAGGUGGGGAGUCCCAGAGAUCACCAGAAGGCUUGGGGAUUGGCAGACGGCAGGGAGGUACGGAAGGUUCUGGAGCAGUGGAGGGUGAUCAAGUGUCCUUGUCUGAGUAGUUACUUAAGCAAUUGUAGAGUUCCUGCUGUGCGCAAGCCCUGGAGACAGAGCAGUUAAAAAGCUAGACCCACCCCUGCCCUCCUAGAGUUGAGUGGGGGGUGCUAUCCAGUAAAUAAGAAAGCAAAUAAAAAGAUGGAGUUAAUGUA